GCACCGCGCUCAUGUUUCGUUGUGGCUUUCAGUUCGCUUUUCCUGCGUGUGCUCAGAAAAGAUGGUUUUAGUGCAGAGAGCACGAGCAUUUCUGUGCUUGAGGACUAUGUGUAUGGAUGAGAGGAAACACGAUACUCGGUGCCGGUUUAGUAGUUUGUACAAAGGGUUUGCAAUCUGUCGCGCACAUUUUACUUGGAAAUGAGUUGUUCCAACAGGACAGAAAGGGAGAGAGCUAACUUUAGCAAUCACCCGCCGCUGCAGAGCCCGAGGUCUGUAGGCUGUAAUUGCUCUAAGUAUUUACAGGUUGCUUUACUUAGUAAACGGGCGGAGGAACUCUACUGGAUGCCAAUGUUUUCCUUGUUUUCUCACAGAAAAGAGUACAGUGCAUCUCUGGCAAUACUGUUUGUUUAUUUAUUCUCUCACCUCCAAGACUACAACCUAUCAAAUACAUUUCCUUAUGCAGUGUGUAUCCUCAAAGGAAUCACUGGAGAGGCAUUCAAGUAUGAUUAAAGCCUUUUCUGGGUAAAACUGAAGAAUUUUCAAACAGGGAGGUUUAAGUUGUGCUAAGUUUGUUUUAAAAAAAAAUCCUCUAGUGGUUUUCUGGAACCUUUGGCAAUAGCACAAGCCUCAUGUACAGAAACAUUCACAAAGUUACUAUUCCUAAAUUAAAAUGUACUUUCAAUGUAGUGACAGCUGUUGUGAGUUAAAAUUUGCCAACUCUUUAUGAAAACUGAGUAAUCAACAGUUAUGAUGUUACAUACAGUUUUUAGCGACAUUUUCACUUUAGUUGACGCUCAACAUGGCAAAACCAAAAUAUAUUGCUGUGCUGAAUUUGGAAGUUAACUUGUUUUGUCAAUUCAGUGAUCACAUGCGUGCACGCGUGCACACAGAGUGAAGUCUUUACAUCGAGAUGCAAGAAAAUACAGUGGAAAUGUAAGAGCACCAUGUUCACAUUAGUUCAUUUUAAUAUUCUGGUCUUAAUUUUGGGGGGUAAGAUAUUUAUCAUCACAAUAGUCUAUUUUAAUGCUAGCCGAACCACAAAGAAAGUGUAAGUGAUGAGAGAGAUGGGUUAUUCUUUAGUCUGAAAUUCUGAUGAGACAGGAAGGGCCUAAUGAGUCUCAUUUCACGUGUAAUUAAUUUUUCAGAGCCAAUUAAUUAAAUUACUUUCUAAACUUUCCUCCUGAUAUUCUAAGGAGGAUAAUUAGCAUUGUUUGCUUAAUUUUAAAACUUAUAGCAGUUAAGUGGAGAUUAUUUAAAACCAUACCAAACUGACUAUAUUUUUAAGAUGUGUCGGUGAGAAUUUGAAAGAUUUAACUGUUGUUUUUAGUCAUGCCAAGAGAGGCAUUUAAAUUUUUGUUCUACUGACAAUGUGACAAAGCAUGUUCACAAAAUCCUGAAUUAUCAGCUUAGGUUGAUUUUUUUCAUUUGUUUGCUGAAAAAGUCCUCUUUAAAUCACAAAAGCAGUAGUAAUGUUCACAUUAGGAUAAAGAAAAUUAAACUUUUAAUAUAAUGACUGGAGAAGAUGCCCAAAGAAAUAGUGUGCUUAAGAACUCCGUCAUUUAGUUCAUGUUUGGGACUUAAAAACAUUUUUUUAUGACUGUUUAUUCUGCUACUAGGUUCAUUCUAACAAGCAGACUUCCUUCAACACAACAAAAGGGAGAAUUAGCAAUUAUCUGAUUAAUUUAGGUUUUGUAGAAAACUAGCUUGGGCGAGUCAAGUCAUUGAAAAUUCACUUCAGUGUCUGAAUUAAUUCAGUUAAUUGUGUACUUCUUGUGUCUUGGUUGAGAAAUGAAACAGAUUGUAUUUGAUUUUAAAAGAAAGAUGCCUAUUGCUGAACGUACAGGUACAGUCUCAAAAGCUGUCUCUGAGUGAAUUUCCACCUGAAGAUCUUGACUGUGGUUUAAGAGGGGAUACUCCAUAAGGCUUCCACUGAACGGAACCCUUACAUUACAUUUUUAAGCACUUUCCUAUCUGUUGCUUCAAUGGCAGCUUUGUUACUGCAGAGAGUCCAAGACUUCAAAAGACUUAUUUCUAGUCCUGAUUCUGUCACUGAUUAGCUAUGUGACCUUGAGGGAUUUGCUUCACUCCCCAGUGUUCUCAUAUGGGAAAUGAGGGAGUGGAUCAGAUCAUCCUCCUGAAAUAAGCAGGGUGGAAGUUUUAUAGCCAUCUUACAGAUGAGGAAACUGAGAUUGCAGAAAAGUCACUUGACUUUCUUAACUAAGUUACAUGGCCUGUUUUCCAAGCCCUGGUCCUGUGUCCUUCCCAGUUCACCAUGGAUAUUUUCCAACACCUGCUAAAACAAAUGCACUGCUGACUGGAGAACAGUUUGAAAGAUCAAGAUAACCACUUCCUUCUGCUGUGCAGUUUUUGUUUCUGUGAUAGAUGUGUCAGUCAACUGGAUUAGUCCGCUGACUUCCAACAGUUGCUUUUGCUUCCGUAUUUCUAACCAGUCUGAACACAAUUACUGCUACACAUAGUUUACCAUGACAUUUAAAAUAAUUUUCACAAAAAUUUAAUAUAUCAAUGCAAUGUGGAAUUAUAUAUAUUCGUGUGUCUGUGUGUAUAUAUACGUGUGUGCACAUAUAUAUAUAUUAUGUACAUCUUUUGACAUUAUAUGCACAUCUUUUUGUGUUUCCAAGGAAUUGACACUUUCUUAGAAGAUGUCAGUGGUGUGCAUGAAAAGUUCAAUAGUUAAUUAAAGGCUGCUAUUCCUCCAGGGAGAUUCCCAGUGGGAUUUUGUGAGAUUUCAGUUUACAUAUUCAAUAUGGGCUGGUACAUGAUAUAUAUUCCCUAUUACAUUUGAUUAUGUUAAGAAUCCUUGAACAUGUUUUCACUAACUCCUUCUGGGUUUUUUCUUGAAAAAAAAAAGGAAUAUAUUUCUUGUGAAUAAAUUUAUUUAUUGACUAUAAAUUUUACACAUAUGCACUGCUCUCAAGGCCAAAUAUCUCUCAUGUCUUAUCACCCUCAUAAAGGUUUCAUAUAAAGCUUUACAGAUUAUUACUUAGUAACAUUCACUAAUAUUUAUUAAUGUGCUAGUUAUUAAUUCAAUAAUAUUUAUUGAGUACUUGUGUGCAAGGCACUCUGACGGUAUUUUUCAGGACACCAUCUCAUUUAAAUUUCCAGCAAUUAAGUUUGUCAUUCCAAUUAUACAGAUGAGAAAAGUGAGGCUCGGAGCGAUUAAAUAACAGGUGCACGGUCACAGGGCUGGUUAAGUGGCACCACUAGAGUCUAUCUGAUUGCAAUUCGGGUUCUUUUGUUCUAGGGCUGGGCAGUUAAUUCCUUCUAUUAUAAGAAUUACAUACAGCUGAACUUAACUGUUAGCAAACAUUACAGCCAAAAUUUGGCAAAAACGUGCUCUGUUUUUCUUUCUUUCCUUCUUUUGGUAUAUUUUAUGAGCACUAUUAGAAUUUUUUGAUAGGGUUUUCCAUCAGUUGGCCUAGAAUCUUCAACUAUAAAGGACCUCAGGACGUAAUUCAUUCUUCCUCUGCUUCAGGACUGGACCACACUCAAGCAUCCACCAUUGGUCUGGCUGGUCAGACUCCCUGUGAUGGCAGGACUGGUCCCAGGCACCCUGGAAACAUUCAGAAACUGGUGUGCCUUUAAAGAGUGAUUCUUUAAAAUGUCAGCACCGUUUAGAGGAACGUGCUAUGAAAGGGGGGGCAGGAGGAGGCUCCCUGGUGGCCAUGCCUCAUUCCUCCUCAACUGUCACAAGCCAUUCAGCUUUGCUCCAAGCUGCCCCGCAGAUCCACCCACUUGCUGAAGUCACCACUCUGAAGUGACCAAGUCUCACAUCCUUCGAUUGAGAAGUACUUUAGCAUCAUCCAUUGUGACUUAGAUCUCUGGUGAGAAGGUGGAGGGAGGUGAGAUGGGGGUGUUGAGUGACUUCAUGAAACCAUUUCUUCCAACACAACCCACUCCCUUUGUGAGAAGAGCUCUGAGAAGUACCGCUUUCCCCAUCCUGUUAAUGGUCCCCAGGACCUAGACAGCCCUAUGGCCUAGCCUCAUCGGCUACUGCCCUGCGAGCCUGUUCCUUAAUUCUGCCACGUGCGGAAGAGUCCCCUGUAUUUAUCGGGAAGCAGAGAAGGAGAGUCAAUGGCUCGUUUCUCCUCUCAGUAAACACAUGAGAAGAGUCUGGCCAACGCAGUGUCAUAAACUCACCAGGGUCAGUGCAAGUGCUGCAACUUAUAGCACAUUUGCUCUAUAAAUGUCAUGAGUUUGACAUUAUAUCAACUAAAUAAAUACCCUCCUUGGACUUUUCAUGUGUAUUAAUUUAAGCAUUCGUGGUACGGUGGUGGUUAUAUUAGGGUUCAGGAAGCCUGGAUUUUGGAUCCUGUUUUGUUAUUAACUUGGUGUGUGACCUUGGGCAAGUGGCUCCAUCAGGCCCCAGCCCUGGGCUGAUAGUCUGUUGGCAGCAGUGGGCGCUGGGAAUUAGUUAAAUAGCUGGGUCUUCGUUAUUUUCCCCCUUAUUUUCUUAACUAUAUUUGGCAAACUUUACAACUCUUUGAGAUUGUGGCCCCCCAUUUAUUCAUUCAUUCAACCAAUUUUUAAUGAGUACCUGCCACGUGCCAGGCACUGUGAACAGAGGGACAGAAUUCAGGAGUCUCGUGUAGCUUGCUUUCUAUUCCUUUUUCCCAUGAAAUAGUGCUUUAUGUGGAAAUUACUAGAAAGUCAAACAAUUUUCCAUUAAUUUUGCUUCCAGUGAGCUAGCUUAUCACUGAAAUUAUUUUCUCAAGAAGUUUGUUACUUCAUUGGUUCAACUUUUUUAGGAAUACAUUCUAAACAGAUACACUGCGUAUCAGCUUAGAUAUUGCUAAAACUAGCUUCAGAAAACCAACCCAUAACAUAGUCUUAAAAACAACACCUCUGCCGAGAUCUUCCUAAGAAUUUGGCUUUUUCAGGGAAUUCGCUGGCGGUCCAGAGGUUAAGACUUCGGGCUGUCACUGCCAUGGGCCUGGGCGCAAUCCCUGGUUGGGGAACUGAGAUCCCUCAAGCCACAGCAGACAAAAAAAAAAAAGAAAAAUUUAGCCUUUUCACUAAAAUUUCAAUUCAUUCAUGAUAGUCAGUGCUCUAAAGGGAGAGAAUGCCUGCAGCCCUAAUUCUAAGCAUUGGUUUCAUUCUGAAAGAGGCUGGGAGUCAUAUGAUUCUUUUUGUACCACCACUGUGUCCUCCUUCCUUCAGACACUGUCCCCAGGUCACUUACACUCAAAGUGAGGUAAGUGGGGAGCAUUUGUUGACUUAAGCGGCCUCUUCUUUAAAGAGUAAGAGGCUCUUAACAGCUACAGUGCAGAGGUUCAAUGGCUCUCCGCUGUCGAAUACCAUUUCAGUUAUCGAUUUCUGAUGCUUGGCGUUGUGUGCCUGACAAAAGGUACAGCCCUGCCAGCGAUGGCUGCCAUUUAAUGAGCACUUACUGUGUGCCAGGCACUGGGCCAAGCGCUUUAAAUACCGUAUCUUAUUUAACAGCGACCAAUGAAACAACUUAUUUCAACGGUAGAAGAUACAGAAAGUUGGGAAGGUCAAGUAACUUUUCCAAGGGCAUGCAACUAGCCAACGGCCAGUUGGCCUCCAAGGCCAGAAUGUGCGAUGCCAAAGGCUGUGUACGUUAAUAGGAUCUGUCCGCAGAGAGCUAGCAGCGGGCUCACGGGGAAGAGCAGUCACGUACAGAUGACAUGCUGCAAGAGGGAGUGAACUACAUAAUGUGCCGCUGUCUCUAAGUAGAAAGAGAGGCCAGAGAAAAAACAAAGUAGUUCCUGCACUGGCAGAUUAAAUUCCUCUCAGAAAACACUUACUGAACAUUCGUGUGAAUGUCUGAUACUAUCAGGGAUGCAAGUUUGAGCAAAAUAUGCUGCUUCUCGAAAGCAGGACUCCUUUUAAGUCCUUGAGGAAGAAAGCUAAGUCACAGGAACUCCGGACAGGAGGGUGCUGUCAUUGUGGUAAAAAGGCCUCAGACCUCGCCGUGACUCCUGGGAGCUGUGGCUUCUGAGCUGGUCCCUUACCAACUCAGGGGAGGCAGCAUAAAGAGGAAGCUUGGGGCGCAAAGGAAGGGCAAGUUCAGGGCACACAGGAGGCAAGGCACGCAGACCAGUUUGGCCAGAACUCCCAGUGUCCCGUCUAGAGGCAGGAAAGAUAGAGCUGGAGAUGUGGGUGGAGCCCAAACAUGGAAAUCCCUGACUGGAAGCCAUUCUUCACGGUGAGGAAUCUUUGUAAAUCUUUUCAUUGGACAGUGACCAUGAUGAAAGGCAGGGGGAAGCAGGACGGGUGGAACAGAGCAGCCGGGAGGGAGGUUCGAAGGGAGGUUUGACGGCGGGGCAUUCAGGGGAAGGGUGCGGAGGGCCUGUUUGGCAGUGGACGGGGUGGUGGGAUGAAGAGAAAACGAGGAGGAAGGGGUGAGUGUGUGAGACCUUAACAGAGAAGCAGCAGUAAGUCAGCUUAACCACGGUGGCCGGAGGAUGCCCUGUGUGCUGGGCUCUGGGCUAUGAAGGAAAUAAGCUGUGCCCUCGGGAAGGUGAGGUCUAAUUAGACAAUAGGUAACUUCCAUCUAAGGGCGGGCUUGUUAGGGAACCUUGGGCUGUGAUGUGGUCCCAGAUCACAGCUGACAGGCUGGGGACAGGCACACUCGCCUUGACGUUCAGGUAGGACAGUGCGUAUCAUUUGUAAAUGGUGAAAAAUAAGUCGUGAUUGCGGUUUCUGUUCCGGCCAUGACAGCCUUGAGGCUGACACUUGGAAGGAUAUUUUUAAUGUAUUUUUUACAAGUACCUAGUAGCGCAUUCCCCGUUCUCAGUGCGGGGUCAUGAGACGGGCGGAUUGGUGACCAACGGUGACAACUUAUUCAUUCUCUCAACAAACAUUUAUUGACCGCUACCAUGGGCCUUGCGGUAUAGAAAGGAAACAUGGGAUUUGGUUCCAUUCAAAGAGACGUGCAGGUGUGCCGGGGAAAUCAGAACCAACACAGGAAGUGGUGGGCGCCCCUGCACCAAUGCGGUGCGUGCGCAGUCUCUUGGGUUGGGGGGAAGUUUGUCCACUUACUCACUGGACGGAUGAACGACAAUUGCUUACAUUUCUACAGCAUUGUAGUGCGGAAACCUAUUUGUUCUGUACAUGGUUCUUUUACUCCUUCCACUAAAUCUGUAGAGCGGGCACCAUUAGCCUUGCUCCGUAAGCGCGCAAAGUGGAGAAGUCUCGACACCGUCCUCGAGCCGCGUGUGGAUGCACGAAGCCCGGACCUGCGCGGCCCACGAUCCCCGGGGGCCUGGGCCGGACCGGGCUGUGCCCGCGCCGAGGCGGUGGACGCACCCCGACCUCUGGAGGCCAAUGUCCGGCGAGCGAAAUGGGGAGGACCCGCCGGGAAAAGCAUCUGCGAAUGACGAGGCGGCUGAUGGGCUGGGUCCUGGUGAUUCGCACCCGCCGCGCACACGUGUCACAUCGUUUCCCGGGCCUUUCCUGGCGCAGAGGCGGGCGCGGGGUAGAAGGUCACCGGCAGCGCAGAGGCACAAAGGCCUGGAAACAGGUCCAGGUGGACGCGAAGGCGUCCCCCUAGCCGCAGGCAGGUCCCCGACACAGCCCCGCUCUCCGUGGUCCUGGUGAGCCCCCUCCUUCCUACCCAGGUCCGCCAGCGGGAUGCAGUCAGCAGCUCCCGCAGCCCGGGGGCCACCAGCGGCUGGACCGCGGCCUGGGGCACCCGGGCGACUGCGGGGACGCAGCCCGGAGCCCAGAGGGUGGGUGGUGGGCGGUGGUUCCGAUGUGGGCGGGGCUCCAGGUGGGCGGGGCCGGAGGCGGUGGCCGUUGCCGGGCUACGGGGCAGCGCGGACCCGCGGCGCCUGGACGUGCCGGGUGUGCGCGCGCGGAGGGGACCCCGGCCCAGCUCCGCACCGAGUGCCGCGCGCUCAGCACGGUUCAGCGCGUACCGGAGCGUCAGAUCGCCGCCGAGACCUGCGGAGCAGCCUCCAGGCACCCGGGAAGAGCUCUUCAACCAGAAAUACAUUUAACGAGAGCAAUGGCUUUCAAAGUGCUACUAGAACAACAGAAAGCAUUUUGCACGGUUGUAGUUUUACUAGCCUGUUUGGCAUGUAGAGUGAUCUGUGAAACAGGAGACUGUGGACAACAGGAAUUCAGGAAUCAGUCAGGAAAUUGUGUUCUCUGCAAGCAGUGUGGGCCAGGCAUGGAGUUGUCCAAGGAAUGUGGCUUUGGCUACGGGGAGGAUGCCCAGUGUGUGAGGUGCUGGCCGCACAGGUUCAAGGAGGACUGGGGCUUUCAGAAGUGCAAGCCGUGCCUGGACUGCGCCCUGCUGAGCCGCCUCCAGAAGGCCAACUGCUCUGCCACCCGUGACGCCAUCUGUGGGGACUGCCUGCCCGGAUUUUACAGGAAGACCAAACUUGUUGGUUUUCAAGACAUGGAGUGUGUGCCUUGCGGAGACCCGCCGCCCCCCUACGAGCCACACUGUACCAGCAAGGUCAACCUGGUGAGGAUCCCGUCCCCGGCCUCCAGCCCACGGGACACGGCCCUGGCUGCCGUGAUCUGCAGCGCCCUGGCCACCGUCCUGCUGGCCCUGCUCAUCCUCUGCGUCAUAUACUGUAAGCGGCAGUUUAUGGAGAAGAAACCCAGCUGGUCCCUGAGGGCACAGGACCUGCAGUACAACGGUUCUGAACUGUCCUGUUUCGACAGACCUCGGCUCAGCGGCCCUGCGCCCCACGCCUGUUGUCAGUGCCACCGGGACUCGGCCCAGACCUGCGCCCUGCCGGCUUUCCUAGGGCCCGUGCAUCGCAUCCCAUCCCCGUGCUGUGACGGGGCCUGCAGCGUCGGCCGGGAGACUCCUGCUUGUAGGGUGCACUCCAAGGCCAUUCUUCAGGACAGAGACACAGGUCCAGCGGGGGAAGCAGUGCCGACUUUCUUUGGGUCCCUUUCGAGGUCCAUCUGUGGCGAGUUUUCGGACGCCUGGCCGCUGAUGCAAAAUCCCAGCUGUGGUGACGACAUCUCUUCUUGCGCUUCUUAUCCUGAGCUCCCUGGAGAAGACGUUCACUCUCUCAAUCCAGAGAGUGCAAGUUCAGCAUCCUUGGACUCAAACAGUAGUCGGGGUCUGGUGGGCGGAGCAGUUCCAAUUCAAGCUCACCCUGAAAGCUUUACAGAAACUACUGAUUUAUCGAGACUCAACAACUCAGUGCCAGAACCAGCGCUAACUCAGGACGCGCUCACUGCCAGAAAUCAGCUGGCUCAGGAGAGAGGAGAUGUCCAUCACCUGGCCACUCAGCCGUCACCCCAGGAGGCCGAAAGGACUUGCUUCUUUCUGCAAUGAAGUGUCGUAUGGAGCCCAAAGGGCAGCCACUCCUCUGCUUAUGGACUCAGCACCGUCUGGACCUCGCAUGGCUUCUGGGGGAAGAAAGUAAAUCUGAACCACACUGAUGGCAUUUUAAGCCUUUCAACCAGUUGCUUCUGAGCCAGACCAGCUGUAAGCUGAGACCUCAAGGAAUACACUCCAAGCACUUCUGAGACUUUGCAUCUUUCCUACACAAGAAGCUUCUACGCUACAGGCUGACUUCAGAGACUGACGGGCCAAGUUUGCAGCCACCGAGCUUAGGGGUAUAAUGAGAAACAGAAAUGCAUUCAUGCUUCUUUUCACGGUGGGGGUGGUUUGCCAAGACUGAAGACCCAGAGUAAAAAUUUUCAUUUACAUUUUCUUUCCAGAAAUAAUUUCAUAUAUCCUACUAAGUCGGCGUCAGAUGAGUUACCUUAGUUCUUAGGUAGCAUGGGUUCAAAAGGGAGUGUUUUUAUUUCCUGAAGGUCACCUUUUCAUCUUCUAAAUAAUUAGAAUAGGAGGUUAGAAUUGACUUCACAUGGCCUGCCUGAGUCUUGGGUUUAUUAGAUGAUGUUAACUGUCCUAACUGGGAAUCAGAAGAGACCAAAUCUUGCAGAAUUGAGGCUUCUCGCCUCAGCCACUGUCUUGCGAACGGCGGCAGAAUUAGUUAACAAGAGGGGCCUGAGUUAGGACAUGUGUUUGGGAAAGGACUGCCCAUCCCUCUGAGUUAAAAACCCCUUAGCGUGCGCAUCCUAGAUUAGCAGAUUUAUGUGAAAAUCCAUUGAUAUGGAAGCAUUUGUUACUUCUGUCCCUGGGACUGAGCUUAAAAGAUGCAGAAUUUCUCUUUUAUAGAGAAUCGGUAUUUAUAAUGAUCUUUUAUUUGCAUCGUAUUUUAUACUAAAGGCUUUAGAAAUGACAACAUAUCAGGUUUCCCUGCUACUGAAGCAUGACACCAGGUGAGUAGUCUUAGGAGACUCUGCAUAUUAGGACCAGAAGAAAAAGCACAGCUUGUAGGCAGCGUUUAGGUGAAUGGAUUAUAACUGCCAUACGGGGCUCCCACCAAUCUCCUAAGCUUCUUCAGCACAGUAAUUCCCACCGUAGCCCAACGGCGCUGGACUUAAGAGUCUGGUGCUUCUAUGAAGGCGCUCCAUCCCCUACCACCUUGGUAUUUACCGACUAGAAUUAGCUCUAGAGCUGAGACAGAAAUAACCCCGCUCAGUCAUGAACCAGGGGAUGGUUCGUUGGCUCGCCUCUGCGCCCUGGAGAGGAAUUAUUUGAGCAGAAUUUAUUUUUUUCCUGCUUGAACAUACGUGAUCAGCUCUGGCUGUUGUCUUUUAAGUGAUUACUAUUAGCUCUGUCCCAUUUGCACUUAAAAAAGAAACAGACCUUUGAACAUCCCUGUGUUAGAGAAUGCUGAGAUAUUUUGUUUCCAAAUCAGUCUUCUACCUGACAUUUAAAGUGAGCAUUAGAGGGUAUUCCUGGGCAGUCCAGUGGUUAGGAUUCAGCACUUUCACUGCCGAGGGCCUGGGUUCAAUCCCUGGUCAGGGAAUUAAGAUCCCGCAAUAGAAAUCUGCCUUUUCCAAGGACAUUUUUAUCUUCCCUCUUAUUGCCCCGUGCUUUGCUCUCUUGCAGUAGUGAGCUCUCACGAGGCCUUUUCCUCGUGCUGGGACUGUCCCUCCAUCUGCAGCUCAGGAUCCCUGUGCGGACAUGAGCUCACGGUAUGUCGUGCACGUGACCUCCGUGCCUUUGACUGAAAUGGGAAAUUAGAGGGUCUCAUGGUAAGGCACAGCCUUUCCUGUCUACCUGGUGUCCAGUCAUAGUUGAUUGACUUUCUUUUUUCUCUUCCUUUUUUAGCCUAAACCAAUGGUUCCUAAGCUCGGGUACUCACCAACUCUUCUGAGACUUGCCCUUAGGAAAUAUAUGUAAGGUAUUUAGGACCUGAUCACAAGAGGUCCACGAAAAUGCAAGUUUCACUGUAAGUCACAUGUGUGCCGUUCGUAGUUUGUAAUCUGAUCACUUUUGUGGUGACAGAGGGGUGAUCCAAGUAGGCCAGGGCUGUGCUCCUUUUUGUAACCCGAGUAUAUUUUCCACACGCAGAGCCCUCUUCAACUUCAAAGGCAAAAACCCUUGCAGGAGAAAGCUGAGAUUGAUGGGAAUGAGACUUCGGCCACAAAUCCUGAAACAUCACUUUUGAUCAAUAGAGAAACACUUAGGGUUAAAAAAUUGAUCUCAUUGGAUUCUGCAUUUGAAAAAUCCUGGAUUAUUUUGUUGUGGACCAUUUUUAAAGUCUUUAUUGAACUUGUUACAAUAUUGCUUCUGUUUUAUGUUUGGGGGUUUUUUGACCCCAAGGCAUGUGGGAUCUUAGCUCCCUGACCAGGGAUCGAACCCACACCUCCUGAAUUGUAAGGCGAAGUCGUAACCACUGGACCGCCAGGGAAGUCCCGAUCCUGGGUUAUUUUUAUCCAGAGGAAGACAGUUUACUGCCAUGUGCUAUGGAAGCAUACAAUGAUGUUAUAGUCUGCACUCUUUGUCAAUGCUGUAGAGGACAAUCCAGUUGGCAUUGCAUGUCAAUAUCCUGCAGAACUCAGCUGCUAGGGUGCUGCUGCCAGGAACCGCCAUCAGCUAGUAACAGGGCUGGGAGUGCGGGUGCUUGAGACUUGCGGCACUGCAGAAGCUCACUGACAAGGAUGAGACCAGGGUUGGAGAACAAGCACAUAAAGGCGUGGGGUUUUCUAAUCUUGUGUGUAUGGAAUGUAUUUUUCAAAUGUAGAUUUUUCUACUUUAGAUAAAGUGUUAAUGUUGCCGUUACCUAGGUUAAGCACUAUUGUCUGUGCUAGUAAAAAAAAAAAAAAAAAAAAGAAAAGGAAAAACUAUCCAUCAUUGCUUUAAGGCAGUCAGCUCGCAUCAGUUUAGACCCCAUCAUGACUGUUUUGCAUACUGGAAUUGAUACAUUUGUAAAUGUUGGUUUUCUUACAUAACUAGUUUUGUAAGACCUUUUUUUUAUUUGUGAAUAAAAUUGUUACCUGGUAUUCUUAUCGA